UUUCCAAUCAUGAAAGACAAAAUUGACUUCGUAGCUGAAAACCACUUCUCCCACUCCAGUUUAUCUCAAAUUAAUCGGCCUUGCAGGCUUGAUGCUUCUACAUGGCCGAUAAAGUUGUCUCCGCUACCUCUCGAAAAUACCACCACAAAACAAGAAGAGGGUGUCUUGUUUGCAAGCAGCGUCGAAUCAAGUGUGACGAAAGAAAACCCAUAUGUCUGAAUUGCGGCAAGAAGUCCAUCGAAUGUAGCUUCCUACGUCUCGUUCCCGCCUCCGUGUUAAAGAGAUACGAGUUUCAAGUUUCCAGCCAACACAGCUUAUCACCACCCAGCGAUCCAGGGUUUGCCCUGUUUUGUCGACCAAAUACAAUAGAUCGUGAAUUUUUCACACGCUACAUAUCCCACACCGCACCCACGAUAACCAACCGUGAAAACUCAAAAGCUAUAUACACAUCCGUCAUCCCCAGGCUUUCCUCUACAAAUUCAUUCCUAGGACAUGGGAUACUGGCGAUUGCAUACGGGCAUGCGGCUCGUACCACCACCCAGCCUGAUCUUAUCGCUAAAUACCUCACUGAUAGCGCCUUUCACAUGAACACGACUCUGUCGAGUUAUUCCCAGGCCAUUACACAUCUCUCGCAGGAUAACACACCGGCAGUUUUUGGGGCUUCGGUGCUUAUCUGCUUAUACACUUUUCUCAGCUCAGCUCAUGAAUAUGAAGAGCUAUUAUCACCAGAUACAAUCAAUCUGGAGAACCGGGACUCAAAUUUUUUAGACCAAUUGAUCCUCAUACCAGUCCGCCUCGCUCACGGAAUACGUGGCAUUGUGUAUGUGUUCUGGCAAUCUCGAGAGUGGAUUGCUACCAGCUCCUUAUCACCCCUCAUCCAACGACCCAGCCCGUUGCACGGUCCCGAACGGCUAUUGUUCUGGGCACACAUCGAAGAUCAGGAACUAGCAAAGCUAGGAAAUCUAUGGACCGGAAACAGCGUCUCGAAACAGGAGGCGAGCAUUCUCAGCCAAGCAUUAGAACACCUCCGUCGCACAUUCAUCAUAUCCACACGCCUGCACGCUUUCGCUCGCGACGCAGAAGAGUCCGAUACUUCUCCUUCGAUUGAGGGGACUAGUUUAAAAGACAUCCAUCACAGACUAUCAGCUGCUCGUUUGGAUGAUCUCGCCAGCAUUUUUACCUGGUACGUCAGCAUCCCAGGCGAGUUCCUCGGCAUGCUACAGCGGCGGAACCUGUUUGCAGUGGUGCUUCUGGCACAUCACGCCAUUCUGCUCGACAGGGCAUGUGCCAAGAAAUGGUGGUUCUGCAACCUGUCGUCCAACUUUGUCUCUGCGUCUUCGUUGAUCUUGGGCAAGGAAAGAAGAGCUUGGAUCGAAUGGCCGUUGAAAGUAGUAGGGUCUUAGUAUUUUGGUUUAUGCGUUAUGUUUAUAUACGCACGUUAAUGAUAGUCUAAUUUGAGUCACUGGACUCACCAUCAAUCGUCAACAAUAAUCUAUACAAUCCACAUCAAGACCUGUGGCUGUAACUGUGGCGCACUGUGGUUUGUCGCGA